AUGUCCAAGCAAAUGUCUUCAGCGAUAUUGCUCUUUUAUUGUCUUUUGAGAUUGGUGUCAGGAUUUUAUGUGCCCUCUUCUUCUCGAGACUUGGUUGGUGAUACUGCUCACUACCAUCAUCGUCAUCAUCAUCAUCGUCGCCAUGAUCUUACUACUUCAGACGAUGAUAGUACCGCAAUCUUUGGCACUUGGUAUAUGGUUGGUGCCUCACCCAAUAUGCAAAACAUGAUGGUCAACUCGAAUCUAUCAGCAAUGCAAGGAAUGGCCUGUGGAUGCGCCUACAUGGAUCUUGCAGCUGAUGAAGGAACAAUGGAUGCUGCCGCCAAUGAUCAAUGCAACAAUAUGGUCGACGUCAAGACCUAUUGUGAUCUCACAUCGAGUAAUGGCAAUCCAUCUGCUACAGGUCAAAUCGCCACCAUCGGCUCUGCUAUACCUGAGAACACUACCAAUGCAACAUCUUCGGGGCAGGAGAUCACUUUGGAGUAUACAAUUGAUACAUUGAUUCUCUCACUGGGUAAUUGGUCACAAGCACCAGCCAUGAAUCAAAGCAUCCCGGUCAAUUAUACCAUGGAAAUCCACAGCAAGCUGCUUAAUGCUUCCUCUUCGUGUGAUGAUAGCAAUGGCGGCUCAUCAUGUGAUGGGGGUCUUCUUUCUUGGACUGAUCUUGAUUCUCAAAGGUAUACUGCUCUUUACACCCACGAAGCCACAGUGAAUCAAUCCAUGUUCGAUGAUCUUGUCAAGCAAGCGGGUGACCAAGGCAAGGAUUUAGUCCACCUCAAUACGACAUGUGCCAGCAGCAAUAGCACCAUCCACAACAUGUAA